AUGGAGAAGACGCAGAAGGAAGCGUUGAAGCCGCUGACGUUUAGGGUGAUUCAGCAGCGCAUUCGCGACCACUUUGUGCGCGACUUGGACGACGAGACGGAGCUGAAGAGCAACCGCUACAUCCUCACAGCCGAGCAUGUGGAACGAUUCCUCUUUCCACUUUUCCAGCGCGCCGACGCUAAAGCUGUGCGCAUCCUCGGUGAAGUGUGGGGACGCUCGCGCGACCCUUCGCGUAAGUUGAGUGACCAGAUCGUCGCCGUCCUUACUCGCCGCCAACACGUGCUGCUGCAAGGAACGGAGCUGACGCUGAUGGAGCUGAAGGAGAAGGUGCUGCUGGUGGCACGGCUGCAGGAGCCACUAACGGCGGGCGAGGUUCGCCAGUUGGCGAUUCAGUUGGGCCCCUACAACCGCGAGUGGGUGGAGGAGUGGCUGUGCGCACGUCUCGCAGACGAAGCAGUGGACUCGCUGGCGCUUUGCACCGCCUUACGGGACGCGGUGCAGCAGAGAUUUGGAGCCUUUACCUUCGCGGGGGUUUAUUACCCCACAGUACUGGAUGACUUGAUCGACAUGGACGAGCGAGCUCAGAGUUCCAUGGUGUACCCGCCGAAGCUAGGCGUGUCGGCGCAGUCUGUUCGCGCACGCGUCUGCGAGGAGCUUUUCAUCUUCACCAUAUUCUGCGGUGUGCCGCUCUCCCUCGAUGCCUACUUCCUCGCGGUAGCCCUGUUUGACCGCUUCCUCGCCCGCCGCAGCACCCCCAAAGAGGAGCUGCGGCUGUACAGUAUGGCAGCCCUGCUGCUCGCCUCCAAGUGCGACCACUCGUGGCCCACAUUGGAUCCACACUUCGUGUCCGUCAAGAUGAAACUCGCGCAGGAAAACGUCAUGGCGGCAGAGGAGGAGAUCGUGCGGGCGUUGCAGUUCGAUACGGCUGUCUCCACGCUGCACCACUUCUGCGAGGCUCUUGUGCUGCACCAGGACCCGCCGGCGUCCCCGGAGCAGCUCCGACUUCUAGAGUAUCUCAUCGCUUCGCUUUCCGUUCACACUUACUACGGACAGUACAGGCAGUCUUGCCUGGCAGCUGCGGCGUUGCACAGCAGUCGCCACGCUGCCCGCCUCGCAACCGGUGAGCCAAGUGAGUCGGUGCGCGUACUACUGCCAGUUGUGUGCGCUGCGCUGCAGAAGAACAGCGUCGAACGCACUCCGGGCAACCUGCUAAAGCAGAUCUAUGCUCAGCCAGAGCGCCAUGCCGUGAGUCUGAUUCCUACAGCAGUCCUGUUCCCUAGCCUGUCGUGCCGCUCCUCGCUCAGUGCCAGUCAGUAA